UGUGAGUCUGUACUACAGCCCUUGACGUAGUUGUGUCAUGCUGAUUCGGACUCCGCUGCUGCUUUUAUAGCUCGGGGAUCCAGCGACCGAAGCCAAGACGCUCAGCGAUCCCUGGGGCUGGAAACAUGUUUCCCGAAUCGAGAGAAGUGCAGCUCCUACUGGGAUUUUCUGUGCUUUUUAUCGCCUCUCACACAGAAGCCAGAGCCAGACCUCGUCCUGACAUGUUCUGUAUAUUUCAUGGCAAGAAGUAUGGUCCAGGAGAGAGCUGGCACCCCUACCUAGAACCUCAAGGAAUUGUGUAUUGUAUCCGUUGCACCUGCUCUGAGGGUGGGAAUGUGAGCUGUUACAGGAUAAAGUGUCCGGUUCUGCACUGCGUCCACACUAUCACGGACCCGCACCAGUGCUGUCCGAGAUGUAUUGAGCCCCUCUCUCCGUCUGGGCUCCGUGCGUCCGCGAAGAUUUGUCAGCACAACGGAACGACCUAUCAGCAGGGAGAGAUGUUCACCACGUACGAGCUGUUCCCGUCACGGCAGCCCAACCAGUGCGUUCAGUGCAGCUGCUCGGAUGGACAGAUUUACUGUGGUUUAGUGACGUGCCCGGAGCUGGUCUGUUCUUCUCCUCUUACUGUGCCCGAUUCAUGCUGCCCUGUCUGCCGAGACGGUUCGUAUGAAAGGUCAGUGGAAGAGGAGCCGCUGCAGUUAAACAGAGGUGUUAGGCAUUCUCAGGAGCAGUGUCUGAGCGAGGUUCUCAGCAGAAAGUCAGUGGGGGCCACGGCGUCUACAAUCAUCAGCUCGUCCCUCGGGUUCAACCCGAGGAGCUUCAAACAAAAAGGCGGGGGAGGUGGCACGACUGUGAAAAUCUUAAUGAAAGAAAAGCAUAAAAAAGCCUGCGUUUAUAACGCGAAGACAUAUUCCCACGGAGAGGUCUGGCACCCGGUUUUCCGAAACUUUGGUGCCAUCCCGUGUAUCGUGUGCACCUGUAAGGACGGGAGUCAGGACUGUCAGAGGGUCACCUGUCCAGAGGAAUAUCCAUGCGAAUUUCCAGAGAAGGUGGAAGGCAAAUGCUGCAAAGUAUGUCCAGACGAUAGAGUGAAACCCACAGAAGAGGUCCCCGUGACUCGCUGCGUAAAAAACCCCAACAGGAUCUUGGUGUAUAUGUACAUGUCACCCACGACCGGAGGACUGAAGGAAAACCUGCGGAAAAUCGCUAUAGAGAAGGAGGCGUCAGAGGAUGUGGAAAUCUACGUUUGGAAAAUGAUUAAAGGGAUAUUUCAUUUGAUCCAAAUUAAAAAAGUGGCAAAGCAGGACUUCAAACAAGAAGCUGAAAAUUUCAGGCUGGUCACCAGAACAAGUGAAGGUCAGUGGAACAUCUUCAGACCACAACCUCCCGAUCUCAGUAUGACAGAGAGUCCAAGCAAGGAGGCAGAGAACUGAAAAAACACUAAGACUCAGAAAAAAAAGACUUGUAAAGUGUACGGCAAUGACCUUAAAAGACCAGAAAUCUUUAAAUACAAGACAACAACCCAACAAAAAGACAACUUCUGAGAUGGUUGGAGUCCAGAGGAAGCCUACGGUUUUGUAAAACGCAGAAGAAGGCCACUGUUCUGAAGAUUUGCCACCUGAUGCGCCUACUGUAGAGACGACUGUUAUCCAUACAGCUUAUCUGGGGGGUAAAAAAAACCCAAAAACCCAACAAUAAUACUCUCUAUAAAGGUUCCUUGUACUAACCUAACUCAACGCCAGUCCUCGAGGACUGCAGACCAGACGUCCAUGGUCUUACAAUGCCAACUGCUUGCCUUUAAGCCAAAGUGCUUGUAUUUAACUGGACAUUGCUCACAUGGAAUAGUCGACCAUUGGGGUAUGAUGCGUUCAUGUGCUGCUUUUAUCGGCCUCUCCAACCUACCUUUGACUAUCCGUCUAUUCAAUACGCUCGUUAAACAGUACUCCAUUAUACGUGUGCUGCAAUUAUUCCAUAUAUUCACAUUACUUGUAAACCGAAUGGCAAAUAAGAACUGUUCGGCCCAUCUAGUAUGCCCAAAACACGCUAAUUACGCACCAAUUAGAGAAAACGUAAAAUAUUUGAAGGAUUAAGGGGGCGUAGGUGUAAAUUUGACAGCUUUGACAUAUAUAUACGUGCCCCGUUCUUUCCCACGCAAAUAAUGCAUCCUUAAUACUUUCACACACUAACGGUAGGCACAGAGGAGGUAGAGCGAUGUCAGCUUCUCAAAUAAAAUCCUUAAGUCUGUAAGACCAUUCAGCUUGCCCCUCGGGAGCGGAUUAUUUUAACGACCCCUUAGUAUAUAAGUGAAAACACGGUUUAUUCCAGUUUGGCUAAAUUGGUAAAGUGUUACUUUGUGAAGAUUUCGUAUUUUUGAAGGACAUUUAUGAAAUGCAGAUCCUACAUGAUGAAGUUUUGUCAAGUCGCAGACCUCCUUACACACUUUUGGAGUUUUAAGACGCGUUUCGUUACAUAGUUGAACUUCUUCGCCUCUCGUGAUUCGAACAUAGGCAGGUUUUGGCUGUUUGCAGCUCAAAUCAUUUCCUUUUUAAUGUAGAACGUAUGCAGAGACGUUGGGCCAUGGACAGCUGAUUCCAACAUCAUGAAGUUACUGGAAACUGGAAUUAUUAAACAUCAAAAUAAGAUUUGUUAAGAAAUAUUUAUACGUAACCCUUAGAUUUCCUCUAGGAACUCAUUCAUGCAAUUCUGAAUUUUUCUAGCCUUCUUCAGAACCUGCCAAGAACGUCCUUUCUCUGGUCCUUCACCCAAACCCUGAACCACCUUCUCUUUGCCCCAUGAGAUGAUAUAAUGAGAUCUAUGGAUCAUGCAGCUUCCAAAGUUCCGACUCUUCCCCAUAAUGCCUUUAGUUUAAAAAU